AUGGUAGUAGUUUUUGAUCUAAAAGAAACAAUAGAAGGUCUUAGCAAUGAGAAACACUCCUUAGAAGGAAAAAUUACAACUAAUAAGGAAGAGAGGGAUGACCUUUUAGUGAUAUGCACCGAUCUAGAGGAAACCAUUGAGGAACUCAAUAGAGAACAUAGGAAUGACCUUUUAGUGAUAUGCCCCGAUCUAGAGGAAACCAUUGAGGAACUCAAAAGAGAACAUAGGAAUGUGAGUCUUGGGAAAGGGAAGGAAGUAGCUAGUGAGAUACACAUCAUGCUUGAAAAGGAAUUAACGGUUGUGAAAACCAGUCUAUGUAGUGAACUCGAGAAGAAUCAACAACUUCAAGUUGAAUUAGAGAAAGUAAGAAUUGAUCUUGAGAAAUCCCUGAAGUGGACCUGGUUCUCAGAUGUUGUCACUGCCAUGUAUCUUAACAAUAGUGGAAAUAGGCAGGAGAGCAGUGAGAGGAAGCAGAUUGCGAUGGACUAUGGAUGCUUAAAGCACGUGACUGAAAACAUCAUGAAUUUCCUCUCACUGAAAGCCAUGCUUGAAGGGAAUGAACCUGGUACUUUACUUACUACCACUAAAGCUGAAGAAAUAGUGGAGAUGCAGCUCAUGACACCUUUCAAGCAACAGAACACAGAGUGUGGGAAAUCAAACUCUUCCAAAUCUCCUCUUUCAAUCAAACUUCAGUCCCAAACUGGAAACACAAAAGCUCCCAUCUUCACAAACCUGGUGACUGGUGAGGUGGUGCUAGUGGCAAAAAGAUACAAAAAUAUCUAUGUUGCUGAUUUUGAGUCUCUAAAGAAUGGUGAUCUCAACUGUCUAAGUGAUGUUAAUGAUGAUGCUAAAUUAUGGCACAGAAGGCUGGGUCAUACAAGUUUCACGUUGCUGAACAAGUUAGUCAGAAAUGACCCGGUUCGUGGUCUGUCCAAGUCAAGAUUCAAGGAUCACAAAGUAUGUGAUACAUGCGUAAAAGGGAAGCAAGUCAGAUCCUCAUUCAAGCCCAAAAAUGAAGUCAAUACAUCUAGGCCACUUGAUCUUCUUCACAUGGAUCUAUGUGGACCUAUGAUGGUGGCAAGCAGGGGAGGAAAGAAAUACAUCUUCGUUAUAGUGGAUGACUACUCCAGAUUUACCCAUACUCUGUUUCUCAGAACCAAGGAUGAAACCUUUGAAGUGUUUGUUUCCUUCGUAAAAAAGAUUCAAGUGAAGAUGGGUAAUAAAGUAGCCUGCAUUAGGUCUGAUCAUGGGACAGAGUUCGACCAUGUCAAAUUUGAUGAGUUCUGCACUGAAAAUGGUAUCACUCACAAUUUUUCAGCUCCAAGAACACCUCAACAAAAUGGUGUUGUGGAGAGGAAGAAUAGAACUAUUAAAGACAUGGCAAGAACAAUGUUGAUUGACCAUGGGAACGCAAAGUAUUUCUGGGCAGAAGCUGACAAUACUGCUUGCUACCUGGUGAACAAGUGCAUGAUCAGGUCCCUUCUGAACAAGACUCCAUAUGAAUUAUUGAAUGGAAGAAAGUCCAAGCUGACUCAUCUAAGGACUUUUGGUUGUAAAUGUUUUGUUCUCAACAAUGGAAAGGAAGCUCUUGGGAAAUACGAUGCCAAAACUCACCUCUCCUGUGAGAAGAACAUACGCAUUGACCAAGAUGGAGAGCCCUUAUUUGUUCUAGGUGAAGUGAUUGACAUGGAAAAUGGAAAGGCAAACAUGAUGAGCCAUGUGAAAGAAUCCAGUGAAGAUGAUGCAAAUACAUCCCUAUCCAUUAGAGAGAAACCUGGUCCCCAAUUACAACAACUGAAGCUGAAAACAGAGUUCUUGGUGCAGUCCAGAGUACUCCACUUCUGA